AUGACAUCGCCCGACCAGGACAUUGGCCUAAGCGAACUAUACAAGCGCGGUUUACGAGCAGCUGCAAGAACAUUGGAUCUGCCAACGAUAGCGGAUGAGACUCAGGAAAUUCUCUCUUCCGCUCUCUUGGAUCUUCGAACUGUUGCAAACAGGCUCAAUACUCUUGGAUUAUUCAGCCCAAACGAAUCGUUUGAAGAGCUGUCGACGAGGAAUGCAGUCUAUAUGCUCGUACCAUAUGUAAUCGGAGACCUCGAACUUCGAGCACGUUCUUCGGAUGACGAACAGCGAAUGGAGAUCUUACGCGGGGCGACUAUUGCUCUGACGUCUUUUGUCCGACUGAUUGACGAUUACGGAAUUAUAUCCGAGGCGGAUAAAAGAUUGCAUGCCAGUCCACCACCUACGGAUCCUGCGAAAUUUCGAGAAGAUAAAAUAGCGAGGUAUAAAGCGGAGAAGGCAAUUAAGAAUGCGGUGGAGGCCUUUCAGCAAGGUCGGAAAAGCUUUGGUGCCGCGGACACUUCCAACGACUAUAGUCUGAUCAUGGGACUGGUUCCUGAAUCACAAGAAGGUGAUGGCGGGGACGAGGAAGAAGUUCGCGAGCUGGUCAAGGCAGUACUCAAAAUGUUCUGGGUGCAGGCUGUCGGCCAUCUGACGAACAUAGAAAAGGAGAUCAAAAUGAUACGAGAAGCACCUCCUAGACCUCAAGGUGGUUUACCUGCCGAACCAGGUUCCUCCAGUCACGGCAGUGACGCCAGCUGGAAGUUGGACAUGCCUCUUGGAGGCCAGUCUUUACUGGACAAGAGUGGAAGGCCACUCCGGCCAUUCACAAUUCUCCCAUCCAAUGCUGGAGAGAGGGCAAGGCUUCAAGCAGAAGUCUUCCGACCAGACCAUCGUUUACCCACUAUGACCAUUGACGAGUACCUGGAAGAAGAACGAAGAAGAGGUAAUAUCAUCUCAGGAGGAGGGGAAGCGUCCUUUAACGCACCAACGAGCAAGGAGAUUCUCAAAGAAGCGUCAGAAAUGGAUGGUACUCUGGAAGGUGACGAAAAGUCGGAGCAAAAACGACGUGAGGAAGAAGAAUGGGCAUUAUUCACAGAAGCAAAUCCGAAGGCUGUUCCUGGCCUUAAGAACGGUGCAAAGGUGGUCGUAGCAAUGUCUGGAGGGGUCGAUUCUUCAGUUACCGCGACCUUACUCGCUCGUCAAACUUAUGACCUGUCCGCAAUAUUCAUGAGAAAUUGGGAUACGAGAGAUGAAAGCGGUACUGAGCGAGGUUGCGAAUGGGAAAAAGACUGGGAAGAUGUGCAGCAAGUCUGCCGGAAACUCGAUAUUCCGUGCAAGAUGGUCGACCUUUCGCGUCAGUAUUGGACGCGUGUCUUUGAACCCGCCCUGGACGUUUGGAGAGCGGGAGAGACGCCAAAUCCCGAUGUAGCUUGCAAUAGAGAGAUCAAGUUUGGUGCAUUGAAAGAGCAUCUCCAUCUCGGCACCGGAUUUCUGGCCACAGGCAGGUCAUUAGGUCUGUAUCUUCGCUACUUGACACGAAUUCAAGGUCACUAUGCGAGAUUGGAAACUGAAGCCGACGCUCACAAACGGCGAGUCAAGCUGCGACGAGGAGUCGACCCAAUCAAAGAUCAAUCAUAUUGGCUAUCUAGUGUCCCAGAAGAACAAUUUCGAAACGUAUUAUUCCCUAUAGGACACUUAAGCAAGGCGGACGUGCGCGAGAUCGCAAAGAAUGCCAACCUUCCCACAGCAACUCGUAAAGAAAGUAUGGGAAUAUGUUUUGUUGGGAAGAAACGAUCAUUCUCCGGGUUCCUUGAUGACUACCUGCCCCCAAACCCUGGCAACAUUGUUACUCUAGAUGGCAAGCUGAUUGGCCGCCACCAAGGGUUGUGGCGUUAUACUAUCGGUCAAAAUGCGCGUAUCUCGGGGCUCCCCAGAAAAACAUUCGUCGUGGACAAGAGGGUCAAUACAAAUGAGAUUGUCGUCGUAGAUGAUCCCAAUCACCCCACACUCCACCGUACUACCAUCGCAAUCCGUGAUAUGCACUGGAUAUGGAGUGACCAUCCUCCAUCGGAGAUCUUUCAACCGUCUGGAUUGCAAGUAGAAGUCAAGUUUCGUUCGGUGAUGGAGCCAACGUCUGCCAUCGUAUAUGCAAGGGAACGCGAUUUGUACGAUAUCACUUUCACGAGACCUCAAAUCGGUGUUGCUCCAGGACAGAUCGCGGUGGUAUACCAGGGCUCAUGGUGUCUAGGAGGAGGGCGAAUCGUUUGA